UUUUUUAAGGACGGGUGAAUAUUUGAUUGAACAAAGACCAAACUGACUUUGACUUUGGUCAGUUCAUAACGAGCACGAAGCGAGAGCGAUGGACUCGCUUCUCUCUUUAGUGCUUUGUUUCCUAGCUUUCGCUUCCACGGUGAAAGCGAACAAGUCCUCGGUAUGUCAAAAUGGCAACCCGAUAUACAGCUUCGAACUGAAGGAUAUUGAUAAACGGAAAAUGAGCUGGAAUGGCUAUAAAAACAAGGUCCUCUUAAUCACAAACGUAGCAACUUACUGAGGCUACACCAAACGUGAUUACGGCCAACUGAAUGCAAUAAUGAAGASUCGAAGUAAGAGCUCUGGAGCUUGUAGCUUUGAAGUUCUUGGCUUUCCAUGUAAUCAAUUUGGACACCAAGAACCCGGAGAAAGUGCGGCGGAGAUUAUGAACGGUGUGAAGUAUGUACGACCGGGCGAAGGAUUCGUACCAGCUUUUCAACUGUUUGAGAAAGGAGACGUCAACGGAGAGAAAGAGAAUCCAAUGUUCACAUACUUAAAGCGCCACUGUCCCCUCCCUGGAGGCUUCAUCGCAGCUAAAGCCUCCUCGAUCUAUUGGUCGCCUGUUCGAAACGAUGACAUUCAUUGGAAYUUUGAAAAGUUUCUCGUCGAUCACACUGGCAGAGUCARGAAAAGAUUUCUCUCUUCUGUAAGUCCUUUUGAGAUUAAAGGUGAGAUCCAACAACUUUUAGAUGAUUGUGAAAGSSGCCAGAGCAGUGAUGACUCAUUCUACGACUAYGACUCCAARUAAACUAUGCCGUCAUCGAUGGGCUUCCUGUGUCAAAAGCUAAUCUAGUUUAGGGCGGCCAUUUUGGAUGGCAGAAAAAUCAUUUACCACGACAAAUUSAAAUAAGAAAUUUCACUAUACACAAGAUAAACGCAUAGAAUGAUAAGUUAAGAAUGAACGUCCACUGUCUUUCUAAAAUAUAUUGCUUUCAUGUAAAAGUAUUUCGUUUUCCACGAGUMUCGCUUCAUCCAAGAUGGYCGCCAUCCGAUGAAUCAAAAUAUGACUWCCUUAAAAGGGGUUACUAAAAAUGGUACUAUUAUCGAGUAUACGCAYGGGAUCCAGCUAAAUUAUUUUCUUAUCUUUCAAAAUAUAUUAGGAUAUAUUGGGGCAAAUCGCGUACCCAGAGCCUGCGUAACUUUUGGUCUGCGACAAAGAAAGUGAUCUGCCGCAGGCCAUAAGAAACACKGGCUCUGGGGAACGAGUUGGACUCAACCACGACAARCGUAUCAAAUUUCUUGUUAUUAAUGUCUUAUAGAUUAUUAGGAUAAUAUUAACUAUCAGAAUAAGCGAGCGUAUGACAAGUUUUUCAUAAACUGUAAAUUCAGUAGAAGAACUUUGAUAAUGGCGAAGCCUCACUUGGUCUUUAUUGCAUUCAGCCGAGUAAGAAAGAACCUGAACUCGUUUUCCUUGAUAAACUAGUUAGUAAAACCUGUUUUAUUUAUAAGGKGUUAAGUGACAAUUAAUAAAAGUAUGAUUUGUUAGUGAAUAAAUGAUGGCAUCGAAAACUAUAACAAUAAAAGUGUGGGAUUUGAA